AUGAGUCUGCUGAUCGCCUUUACGGCUGUACUGGCCGUAGCUUCGGCACAGACAGCCACUAAUAGAUUCCCUGAUGACUUUCUAUUUGGGGCUGUAACAUCCGCAUAUCAGGUGGAAGGAGCCUGGAAUGAAGAUGGCAAAGGAGAGAGCAUUCAGGACUACUUUUUCCACAACCAUCCGGAAUAUACCACAGGAGACACCGGGGACGUCGCCUGCGAUUCUUACCACAAGUACCAGGAGGACGUGCAGAUGUUGAAGGCACUCAACGCGGACGUGUAUCGAUUUUCGAUUUCCUGGUCUCGUAUAUUGCCUACCGGGGACCUCGAUGUUAUCAACCAGGCUGGUAUCGAUUAUUAUAACAACCUCAUCAAUGACCUACUCGCCAACGGAAUUCAGCCUCUGGUAACAAUAUACCACUGGGAUCUCCCUCAAGCACUGCAGUACAUCGGGGGCUGGUCCAACGAGUUGCUGGUCGACUACUUCGUUGAAUACGCCAGGAUACUGUUCCAAAACUUCGGUGACAGGGUGAAAUGGUGGAUCACAAUCAAUGCUCCAGCUGGCUUGGUAAACGGCUAUGCGAUGAACGAAGUCGCCCCCUCUCAGCCAGCAUCGGGAAUUGGCGACUACCUGGCGACUCACACCGUCAUCAAAGCCCACUCGCGGGUCUGGCAUCUGUACGAUGAACAGUUCAGAGCCUCGCAGAAUGGUAGCGUGGGAAUUACUUUUGAAAUGGAUGGACUUGAACCGCUGACUAAUUCGACAGAGGAUGCAGAGGCUGCUGAAAGGGCACGACAGUUUCAGGUGGGUGCUGUAGCUCUGCUGUCGCCCAGUUGGAGCUCCUACAACAUUUCAGUGGGUAUCUUCGCACAUCCUAUCUACAGCCAGGAUGGAGAUUAUCCUGCUGUGGUGCGACAGCAAGUGGAUGCCAAUAGUGAGGCUGAGGGACGGCCCCGAUCAAGGUUACCAACUUUCACACAGGAAGAGAUUGAGUACAUUAGGGGAUCGGCCGACUUUCUCGGAGUAAUUCACUUCGAAACGACUUUCGUGACCCCUGGUGUGACAGGCGAAUCACCUUCAAAAACGCGGGACUCUGCUGUAAUUACGUCGUCUGCUGAGACUGUUCCUUGGGGAUUGCGGAGUCAACUGAACUGGAUAGCCAACGAGUACCCAGGUUUCCCAGUCUUUAUAACAGAGAACGGCGUAUCCAAUUCUGGAGGGCGAAACGACAGCGACCGCAUUGAAUUCUAUACUGGCUAUCUCGGAGCUGUUCUAGAGUCGAUACACGAAGACGGUGUUCCGGUUAUCGGAUACUUGGCAUGGAGUCUCAUGGACACUCUAGAAUGGAACUCAGGAUUUACGGCUAAGUAUGGGCUGUACGAGGUGGAUUUCAGCAGUCCAAACAGGACAAGGACUCCCAAGGACUCGGCUGGCUUCAUGGCAGAAAUCUUCAGCAGUAAGCAGCUGCCCAACCAGUACAACCACUAGGAUGUUCUUAG